AUGUUGGAACAGAUAAUGAUUUUCACCAGAGGGGGUUUGAUCCUCUGGACAUUUAAGGAGCUUGGAAUAGCUCUGAAAGGAUCACCUUUUGAUACCCUAAUCAAGUGUUGUCUGUUGGGGGACCAAUCAGGUGCUUCAUCGUACAAUUACGACGUACCAUCUGGGCCUUCCUACACUCUCAAAUGGACAUUCAACAACGAUCUAGGGCUCGUGUUUGCCGCGGUUUAUCCGCGGAUUCUCCGUCUCUUGUACGUGGAUGAUUUGCUGGAGAUGCUUAAGCAAGAGUUUUCCAAAGUGUAUGAACCGAAACGAAUGGUGUACAAUGAUUUUGAUGAUAUCUUUCAACAGCUUAAGAAAGAAUCCGAGGAUCGCGCCGAGAAAGCCAGGAAACCUAAGCAGCCUGCGCAGGUUGGGGCCGGCAUAGGUAAUGUGGGUAUUGGUAAGGGUGUUGGAGCUGCUACUGAUGAAGGUAAACAAAAAAAGAGUGAUGAAGAGGAUAAGGAUGGUAAGAAAUCUAAACUUAAUGCACUCGUAGACGGGCGUUCCAAUGGCGAUCUUGCCGCGAAAGUGGAAGUAGAUGCUAAUGGUGAUGGAAAUCGGAGUUCAAGUACUAUGGCUUUUGACAGAGAUAGGCUGAAGAAGCUGCGAGGAGGAGGAGGCAAAGCUGCGAAGAGAGUUCCAAAGUAUCCCAAGGAGGCCCUCAAGAAAGCGCCGAGAGUUUGGAAUGAUUCGCAGCCGCUUUCACAAAAAGAGUUGGAUUUUUCUACUGAUCAUGAUCCUGUGAGUGAAAAUGUUCCUGCUUUCCAUAUGGAUCAUGGCGGCGAGAGUAUGAUGGACAAGGAGGAAAUUGAAGCAGAGGAAACAGAGAAGGAUUCUAAGACUACUGAGACAAAGAAGAAUAGUGGGUGGUUCUCAACCAUGUUUAAUUUCGUCGUUGGAAAGGCGAGUCUAGAUAAGGCGGAUCUUGAACCUGCUUUGAAGGCUCUAAAAGAUAGGCUGAUUGCCAAGAAUGUGGCUCAAGAAAUAGCUGACAAAAUCUGCGACUCUGUCGCAGCAAGCCUCGAGGGUAAAACUCUGGCCUCGUUUAAUCGAAUCUCCUCCACUGUGGAGGCCGCGAUGGAAGAGGCGAUUGUUCGUGUUUUAACUCCAAGAAGGUCGAUUGACAUUUUGAGGGAUGUUUAUGCUGCAAAGGAUCAAGGGAAACCGUACGUGAUGGCUUUUGUUGGUGUCAAUGGAGUUGGAAAAUCUACUAACUUAGCUAAGGUCGCUUACUGGCUACAACAACACAAUGUGCGCGUAAUGAUCGCAGCUUGCGAUACUUUUCGCGCAGGAGCGGUCGAGCAGCUUCGCAUACACGCGUGCAAACUCCAGAUUCCGAUAUUUGAGAAGGGGUACGAGAAAGAUCCUGCGGUCGUGGCGAAGGAAGCGAUACGAGAGGCCACCCGAAAUGGUUCGGACGUGGUACUGGUUGACACUGCGGGACGGAUGCAGAAUAAUGAACCGCUGAUGCGCGCGCUCUCGAAGCUGGUUUACGUCAAUAACCCAGACUUGAUACUGUUUGUUGGUGAAGCCUUAGUUGGUAAUGAUGGUGUGGAUCAGUUGUCAAAGUUUAGUCAGAAACUCGGGGAGCUUUCGCCUUCGCGUGAUAAUCCCCGGUUGAUUGACGGAAUUCUGCUCACAAAGUUUGAUGCCAUUGAUGACAAGGUUGGAGCUGCACUUUCUAUGACAUACGUAUCUGGAGCACCCAUUAUGUUUAUUGGAUGUGGGCAAUCCUACGCAAAUUUGAAGAAGCUGAAUGCCAAGUCCAUAGUGAAGUCUUUACUCAAGUGA